AUGGAAAUGUAUAUAGCUAUAGAAGAGGCGUGCGAAUACAAUGACCCUUCUAAACACGGAGCGGAUUGCAAAGACAAUGUUUCAAAACUUUUGGAAGAAUGUAAAGUUGAUAAAGGAGAAAAAUAUUGCAUAGAUCUCAUGCUCCCGCUUAUGACUCAACAUUGUGAUCUUUGGGUUGGAAGGUUUGGUGAUCAGAAAAUUAAUUGGGGCCCUUGUGAUUACAAAUUAUUUACAACAACUGUCACUACAAUUGCUACCUCUGUUCCAACAACUACAAAGAGUUAUUCGUUGGUUAUCAUUCUUUCGGCGAUUGGUGGAGGCAUUAUCUUCCUUAUCUUUGGAUUGGCGAUCUACUUUUGGAAUCGCAGAAGAAGAGCAAAAAAUCGAGAAGGAGGAACCAUUGGAGGGACAUCUACUGGGAAAACUGCUACUGGAAAAACUACGACAAAAGAGACAACGACUGGAGGAAUAACUACAAAAACGAAGACGACUGGAGGAAAGACAAAGAAGAAUAAGAAAAACAAAACGACAACUGGAACUACUGGCGGCACUGCUUAUUAUUGA